AUUCUGAUGCAUUAAUAUCUAUUAUCCAACCUAUCAAAGUACCUAAAGAAGUUAUCCAAAAAAUGCUUCAAAUGGACACUGCAGACCUAACAAAAAUUCUUGGAGCCAUUAAGGAUGUAUUUAAAGAUAUUCAACUGCCCAAUCAAAGAAUUGAUGAAUAUCAAAUACCAUUUGUACCUGGAAGAGACAAUCCACUGGCUUACCUCAAAUUAUUAGAAGCAUGA